AUGGAUCACACAAUGUCUGAUUCAGAAACGGACGAUUAUGAGCAGCCUUUAAUUCACCGUAAAGAGGACGAGUACAGAAAAAGAGCCCCAGCGCUCUGCUCUUCACGCUAUGGCCUGGCGCUGCUUUCCUGUUAUGGCUUCUUUGUGGCUUAUGCACUACGGGUCAAUCUCAGUGUAGCGAUGGUGGACAUGCUAAACAGCAGUAGCAGCAGCAAUAGCAAUACCAGUGAUUCUGUGUGCCCAAGGCACGCCAGUCCUGCACGCCCCAAACACAACCACACAGCCAGCGUGUAUAACUGGGACUCAGAGACUCAGGGCUGGAUCCUGGGUUCUUUCUUUUAUGGUUACAUCUUCACUCAGAUACCAGGUGGCUAUCUGGCACGCAAGUAUGGUGCCAAGUGGCUGCUGGGCUUUGGUAUCCUGGGAACUGUGAUCUUCACUCUGCUUACGCCUGUGGCUGCAGACCUGGGCUCUGGUUAUCUAAUUGCCGUCAGGGUGUUGGAGGGCAUUGGGGAGGGAGUGACAUUUCCUGCUAUGCAUGCUAUGUGGGCAUCUUGGGCUCCACCCCUUGAGAGGAGUCGACUGCUCACCAUCUGUUAUGCAGGUGCUCAGUUAGGCACUGUGAUAGCCUUGCCUUUGUCUGGCCAGAUAUGCUUUUACUUGGACUGGACAUAUGUCUUCUACAUUUUUGGAGCUGCAGGGCUGCUCUGGUUUAUGAUGUGGACUUGCCUAGUCAGUAACAGCCCCGAAACACACAAAAGAAUAUCAGAGGCUGAAAGGAUCUACAUAACAACCUCAUUAAAAAACGAGCUUUCUCCCACUACAGGUAGCAUACCAUGGAUGUCUAUUUUUACUUCUGUGCCAUUGUGGGCGAUCGUAGUUGCACAUUUCUCCUACAACUGGACAUUUUACACAUUGCUGACUCUCCUACCCACAUACAUGAAUGACAUACUGGGCUUCAGUAUUAAGGAGAACGGGAUGCUUUCUGCUCUGCCCUACCUUGGUUGCUGGUUGCUGGCUAUGGGAGGAGGCCAGCUGGCUGACUACCUAAGGGAAACUUGCCUGUUCCGCACCGUGUCUGUGCGCAAAGCCUUCAGUAUAGUGGGUAUGGUGGGACCAGCAGUGUUUCUAGUGGCAGCAGGAUACACUAACUGCAACUACAUUCUGGCUGUGGUUUUUCUGACCAUCUCCUCAUCUCUGGGUGGCUUUUCAGCAUCUGGCUUUAACAUCAACCAUCUUGACAUUGCACCUUCGUAUGCUGGAAUAUUACUUGGAAUCACAAACUCAUUUGCAACCAUACCAGGCAUGGUGGGUCCUGUGAUAGCAAGAUCGCUGACCAAAUCUAACACAAUUGCUGAGUGGAGGACAGUCUUCUUCAUCUCAGCUGCAAUUAAUCUGUUUGGUGCUCUCGUCUACACUCUGUUCGGAAAAGGUACAGUCCAGCCCUGGGCCGUCCAAAGAGCGCACAACCAAUAA